UUCGGGGUGCCGUCACCGACAAAAAAACAACGCCGUUGGUUCAACAGGACCGUCGGCACUUUGGUGGAUCAGGGGCUAAGAGCACGAAGUUGGUGGGAAGGAAUGAUUCCCCGGCUGAAUAUACUCCGGAGGCAUCGGGAUCAUCGAGAGUUCGCAGCACCAACGAUAAUAAUCAAUUAGGCGUAUACGCAGAGUUACCUUUGGAUUAUCAAGUUUAUCGCUUGAUACAAGGUUCAAAGGAGAAAGGAAUGGUUGGUGGGGAAAUUACGCGCGCGUUUAAUAAUAUGAAUCAUCGCGUCCUGACAAAGAUUCUCGAUCGACUCGUUAUACCUCCACCUUCGAACCUGCGUCGGUUCGCCGUAAAGCGAGCGGUUGAGUUUAGAGGGCGUGAGAGGCGCUAUCGCUAUUUCUCUCUUGAGGGAUACACGAAAUUUGCUGUCAAUCAUGGAAUGAAAUUAGACGAGGAGGAUGAAAAAGAUGAGAAUCAAUUGCUCUCGGUAACUCCCACGCGUGACCCCAUGUGGGGGGUGGAGUUACUUGAUGAUGGUGAGGUUGAGAAGGAUGACGACUUUUUGCCGUCACCGCAAGCCAGAGAGCGACGCCGAAAGAAAAAGGAGAAAUGGCGUUCAGGUCCUAUCGUUGAGUCAACCCCUAAAGUAUCUAGGAAGCGAGGUCGUCCCAGAAAAACCACGGCACCUUCCCCCGAGGAAGAAGGGCCGCCCAAACCCAAAAGCAAGGGCGGGAGACCUAAAGGGAGUAAAAAUAAGAAACCUUCGGUCAAAAAGGCGCGAAUUGAUGAUGAGGGGGCCGCUAUCUCCGACAAUGAUUCAAGGGAAAUUAAUAAAGACCCGCCGCUCUCCUCGGUCGAAGUGACUUCUAAUAAUGUUGAUGGCGACGCAACUAGAAAUAGCUCGAUCGAUCCUUUUACUCCUGCGGAAUCACGGUCAUCAGAGUCCGCCAAUGUCGUCGAAAGAUCCUUGACAUCAGAUAAUAAUUCUUCCAACCAAGUACUCGAUGGACGUUCCCCGACGGUGAAGAAACGUCGAGGUAGACCCAAAAAAGCAGCCAACGUUUUGUCGGACCCCGUUAAUGUUGCAGACGUCCUGGCAUCUAAUAUCAAUGACAGUGGUGUGAUUGUUAACAACGGUAGAUCGAAUCGAGCCGACCAAGAUCAACAAACCACAAGCAUGGGUCAACUCCACAAAGGUCGAGGCAUGAGCAAGAAAACGGAAGCGCUUUCAUCCAGACCUGACACAACGAGUGGUUUUACCGACCACUCAACGACUGCCAAUGCUUUGGCUAAAACUUUAGACCCGACUGACUCUCCGUUUCUCGGCUCAAGCUACGACAAUUCCGUUGCCACUAAUUUGGUUAUGGCAAGUAUAGACCCGAGCUUUUCCGAACCACAAGAUCUUACGGAUACAGGUGCGAGGUCGGCUUCAACGUUUAAUUUUGCUCCCUUGUUUACCGACGGAUCUCUAUCAAAUGCCCACACGGGAUGGGAGAGACUUGAUUCUUACAGGACGCAUGGUGACCUGAUGAAUCCCGAUAGCGAAUUUGUUUUCCAAAACGAUAUUCAUUCCUAUGAUAUAUCCGACCCUUAUUCUGACGCUUCCAUCAACAGUCAGAUUGUUCACUCAUCGCCAACCGGUCAAAACAUAAAUCUAGAUCCGGCUACCUCCGCUAACCUCAAAACGGAUCUGAACCUCAGUACGGAAAUCAGUGAACAUUAUUCCGAUGCACAAAAUUUCCGCGAGAAAACAACGAAUUCUCACAGUACAGCAUCGGCGAACGUUUCUGAAGAUAAUAAUCCAGCUCUGGAAUCGGAACUUCAAGUCGACGACGAUCGUGAGAGAUCCGAUGAGGUUGAGGCCGGUCCUUCUGAAAUAACGCCAGCUGCUUCUCAAGGAGGACUGACAAAGAACCCAAGUGCCUUGGAAACUCUCAAUGUGAAAGUGAGGUCCGAUGAAGCUGCCUCGAAAAUUGUCAGAAGGUCAAAACGAAAGGACUCGGACGAUGGUGCACUAUCUUUCAACAAGAAAAGGAAGGUAUCCUCGCACGUUUCCAAUGCAGAAGAAAAAGUCGGCAAACAAGUAUUGGCUAAAAAAAGGAAGGUCUUUACACCUGCUUCGAUCACAGCGGCGCUUCGACAAAAAGUGCUCACACGUCUCCUGGAGGAACAUCAGGUUAUCGAGCAUAGUGCUGAACUGGUCAAGUUAUACCAGCAGACAUUGGCCAAGGAAUCUAAUGUUACGACCACACCGCAUGUCAUUGACAAGAAAACACUUCAGAGGGCUGCCGCGACGAUGGAGGAAAAAGGGCUACUCAAGACUUACAAUGUAUCUCUGCCUUUACUAAACGGCGGUAGCAAUACCAAACUUCUUUUCCUUCAUCCCAGUUUAACACCAUCGAGUCCCGUGGUGAAGGAAUACGUCACCAAGAUGUUGGACAGGGCAAUACUCAUCGGAAGGUCAUUUAAGCCGUCUAAAAUAGAGGAAGUAAAUAUAGAGGUCGAACCGCUCGAAGAAUUUCAAAGGCGUGUUGCUGCUGAGGCUGCUGCCGGCGAAACAACAAUUACACUUGAGGUGCCUCCCGAAUCUAACGCGAAUGUCCCCAAUUCGUAUGAAACCUUGACGAGUUUCGUUGCACCGGGGGAUGAUUCCGAGGAUGGUGCCGCUGAAACCAGACGCCAUAACGAUAACAAAAGUUUACAAACCUCCAAUGAAAUGUGGUGGCUUCACACCGCUCGAGGUUACGGUUGGAUCAACGCCAAAAUGAUUCGCGCUAAAAUUCUUCACCAAUAUUUGAUCACUAAAAUUUCCGACGCUGCGCCUGAAGGGAAUUACAUUGACAGAAACUCCAGAACCUUUCACACAGCGAUCCUCAUACGGGACCUUCCUCUCGACUU